GGUGGGGUGGGGUAGGGGGGGCGGCGCCGCGGGAGCCGCCGCCGUUCCUUCAGCGCCCUCGCCAUGGACUCGGACGAGGGUUACAACUACGAGUUCGACGAGGACGAGGAGUGCAGCGAGGACAGCGGCGCGGAGGAGGACGAGGAGGACGAGGAGGAGGACGAGCCCGACGAUAACCUGGACCUGGGCGAAGUAGAGCUGGUGGAGCCCGGGCUGCGCGUCGGCGGAGAGCGCGACGGGCUGCUAGGCAGUGACACGGGAGGGCUGGGCCCCGGCGGCGGCGGUGGCGGAGGCGGCCUAGGCGGCGGCCCGGGCCCCGGAGGCGGCGGCGGCCCCGACCAGGAGGAGGAUUAUCGCUACGAAGUGCUGACGGCGGAGCAGAUUCUGCAGCACAUGGUGGAGUGCAUCCGGGAGGUCAACGAGGUGAUCCAGAAUCCAGCGACCAUCACUCGAAUACUGCUCAGCCAUUUCAACUGGGACAAAGAGAAGCUGAUGGAGAGGUACUUCGAUGGCAACCUGGAGAAGCUCUUUGCAGAGUGCCAUGUCAUCAACCCCAGCAAGAAGUCUCGGACGCGCCAGAUGAACACCAGGUCGUCUGCCCAGGACAUGCCUUGUCAGAUCUGCUAUCUCAACUACCCAAACUCGUACUUCACUGGCCUGGAGUGUGGACACAAGUUCUGCAUGCAGUGCUGGAGUGAAUAUUUAACUACCAAAAUAAUGGAGGAAGGCAUGGGACAGACCAUCUCAUGCCCUGCUCAUGGCUGUGAUAUCUUAGUCGAUGACAAUACAGUUAUGCGUCUGAUCACAGAUUCCAAGGUUAAAUUAAAGUACCAGCAUUUAAUAACCAAUAGUUUUGUAGAGUGUAAUCGACUGCUGAAGUGGUGUCCUGCCCCAGACUGCCACCACGUCGUCAAAGUGCAGUACCCUGACGCCAAACCUGUGCGCUGCAAGUGCGGGCGGCAGUUCUGCUUUAACUGCGGUGAGAACUGGCAUGAUCCUGUGAAGUGCAAGUGGUUGAAGAAGUGGAUUAAGAAGUGUGAUGACGACAGUGAAACUUCUAAUUGGAUUGCAGCCAACACAAAGGAGUGCCCCAAAUGCCACGUCACCAUCGAGAAGGAUGGGGGCUGCAACCACAUGGUCUGUCGGAACCAGAACUGCAAAGCAGAGUUCUGCUGGGUGUGUCUGGGCCCCUGGGAGCCCCACGGAUCUGCCUGGUACAACUGCAAUCGCUACAACGAGGAUGAUGCAAAGGCAGCAAGGGAUGCACAGGAGCGAUCCAGAGCAGCCCUGCAGAGGUACCUGUUCUACUGCAACCGCUACAUGAACCACAUGCAGAGCCUGCGCUUCGAGCACAAGCUCUACGCUCAGGUGAAGCAGAAGAUGGAGGAGAUGCAGCAGCACAACAUGUCCUGGAUCGAGGUGCAGUUCCUGAAGAAAGCAGUCGACGUCCUCUGCCAGUGUCGUGCCACACUCAUGUACACUUACGUCUUUGCCUUCUACCUCAAAAAGAAUAAUCAGUCCAUUAUCUUUGAGAAUAACCAAGCAGACUUAGAGAAUGCUACAGAGGUGCUCUCUGGGUACCUCGAGCGGGAUAUAUCCCAAGAUUCGCUGCAAGACAUAAAGCAGAAAGUCCAGGAUAAGUACAGAUACUGCGAGAGCCGGCGGAGGGUUUUGUUGCAGCAUGUGCACGAAGGCUACGAGAAGGACCUGUGGGAGUACAUCGAGGACUGAACCUGGCAAACGAACUCUUGAGAACCCUUUUCCCAGCUGGAUUCAAAUCAAACCACAACCCGAGGCGCUACGCCCUGCCACACCCCGCUGGUCUGUAGCGCCCCGGGGAGGCUGUUUUGUUAAAGAGGAAAUUGAAGUAAAUUAUAUUGUAAUAAAAGAGAAAAAGACAAAAAAACAACAGCACCAACAACAGACCCAACAAACCCCAACCAGCCACCCACCCACCCACCCAGGUAGAUAAAGCAUCGUGCAGCAGUAUUCUAGGCGGCCAACCAGAGUGUGACAGAGGCACUAAAACAAAGCCCCUCCGACUGUAACUUGUAACGUAGCUUCCUUCUCCAAGCCCACUCCUUUUGCUUUCCUUUUCUGUUUUCUUCUUCUUCUUCUUUUCCUGUUGUGUAGUACGGAUGGAAUUUAAACCAGUUCCUUGACACUGCUUUUCAUGUCCAACCCUUUUGAUGUACUUUGGUAAGGGGGUUGGGAGGGGGCAAGGGCGGGGGAGGGAGACACGGCUCUCCUGCCCAUCCCUUCCUACUCCGUUCUCCUUCUCUCUACAGGGCUGAAGGUCGAUUAGGCUCCUUGAUUAUUCUUUUGUUUUAAGGUGUGUGUGUUUGGAGGGGGGGGGGGGGGGGGGGGGUGCGGUACAGAGCAAAUCAAACCAAACCCCACAACGACGACAACAACAACAACAACAACAAACCACUAAAAAAAAAACCCAACCAACCCCCAAAAUCACACACACACCAAAAAAAAAACCCCAAACACCCCCCCUCAAGCUUUGUAUAUGACUUUUAAAAGGAAGGAAACAAAAGAGCCGUGUGUCCCCCCCCCCCCCCCGGCAGUACUUGUCCGAGUUGUAUAUAGCGCAUCUGCAUGGACAAAAGCAAAAGCAGCAAGCGUGGCACGUGUUUGCAUAAUGUUUCAUUACCCAGGAGGAAAAAAAAAUAUUUAUUCUUUAAAAACCUUCCCGACCAUGUCUAUUUGCUGUGCCGUUUCUUUCAGUUUGGUGCUUUUUUUUUUUUGGGUUUGGUUUGGUUUGGUUUCGUUUCGUUUGAUUUUUCUUCCAUCUGUUUUUGCUUUGGUUUUGUUCUCUCCCUCCUGGCGGGAUGGGGUGGGGUGGGGGGUAGGGGGAAGCGUGUGCUGGUGUAGUGAAUAUAUUCUUUGGGGGUUCUUUUGGUUUUGUUUUUUUUUUAAGGAGAGAAUUUGGGUUUUUUUUCCCUUUUCCUGCCGUUCCUUUUCCUCGGCGGCCUCCAGGGUUUGGGGUGCGGUAGCCUAUUUGCCCCCCCCCCCCCCCCCCGGCCCGGCGGCGCCGCUCCUGCCCUGCCCCGCUGCACGCUGCCCUUUCAGGAUGCUUUGCCUUUUUCGUUCCGUUCCGUUUGUUUGGUUGGGUUUUGGCCCCGGAUCAUCGCUGCCUGGCCCGAACGCGACCCUGCUCUUCCCAGCCCUGCACACAGCAGCCGCUCCCGGCCCGCAGGAGGAGCUGCCCUGUGUGUGCCUGUGGCCCUUGGAGCUCUCCUCCAUCCCAAGGCAGGAAAAGGAGAGGGUUCCUGCGCCGCUGCUCAAAGACCGGUGGCGAGAUUUCGGCUGUGGAUCUCCUCUCCCUCCUCCUCCCCCCCCUGCCCUCUCAUCUGUCAGACGGACCCUUCCUUGCUGUUUCAGUUUCACUUACAUUAUAACGAGUGGUUAACAUUGCAAAGGAAAAGAUGAUGAAUUGUCUGUGUGUUGUGUUCGGGGCUCAAGGACCGGGCGCUGGCCCGGCAGGCGCUUAACACUCCACCUGGGGCAGCAGCAGUCGGCGUCAGUUCCGAGGGGACAAGAACUAACGAGCUAGCUACUGAGUCCACUUUUAUGAUUUCUGUAACAAGAGCUAUGUUAAAGUAAACAAUUGGUGGUGGUUUUAUUAAAUUUACUCCUGUA